CAUUCGGGAUUCAGCCAUUCCUAAAUCCCCAUUUCCCAUUUGCCCUCUUCUCUACCCUGUUCCCUCUUCGGCUCUUCCCUUCCCAAGUUCACAGUUCGCAAGUCGCAACUUCUUCGGCUGCCGGCACUCCCUGACUCCCAGUCCCAGUUCCCUUCAGCUUCACCUUCCCUUCCCAGUUCCCUUCCCUCUUAGCAGUUCGCACACAGUCGGCGACGGCGAGUUCGAACCUCCUGUUCCAGAUCGGCAGAGCCAGUCUUUCCCUUCGGACUUCGGCUUCCACCUUCCCAACUUCGCAGCUUGCACUCUCGCAGUACUCCUUCGGACCUUCCGUCCUUCAGAUGGAUCUUGUGUCCAAGACGGGCUUUUGAAAUUGAAGAUGGAUGAAAAGAUUUUGAGGGGUUGGACAAAAUGCGAAGCCUCUGCAAUCAAAGCCGAUAUGGAAGAGAUCACCAAUUUCCUCAUUGAUAUUCAUAUCCUGAAUGAAGAGGCAAAGUUUACUCGCAGCGUUAAAAUCCUCGGAGGGUUUAGGGACCGAAUAAACUCAGACAUGGUCACUGUAUGUCGGAAGGCAGAACUCAUCAAAAUGAAAAUAGAAUCACUUGAUCAAUCCAAUAAUGUAAACCGAACUUUAUCCGAUGCCUAUAAAAGGGGGAGACCUGUUGAUCGGACAAUAAUUUUGGUGACUAAUGGGUUGAGAGUUAAGCGUAGAGGCAUGAUGAAUGAUUUUCAGUCAUUGAGAGAACAGAUUAUGAAGGAACACAAAGAGGAACUAAAAAGGAGUCACUACAAUGCUACCGAGGUGGAACCCAGUGAAGAAGCCAUUGAGAAGAUGAUUUCAGGAGGCAACCUGAUUCAAAAUUUUGAAGGGAAAUUACCCGAACUAGCAAUGGAGAGUCAAUAAAGGAAUGAGGCUGUGAAGGAAUCACGUAGAAGCUUGAGAGAACUCCAUCAGGUUUUUCUUGAUAUGGCUGUGAUGGUUGAGACGCAAGGGGAGAAGAUCAAUGAUAUUGAAGAGAAUUGGUCUCAUGUCAGAGAUUAUGUCAACAGUGGAACAAAGAAACUGCAGUCUGCUAAAAAGAUGAAGAGGAGAAGUAAAUGGGUUUCUUGGAUUGGGAUUGUGUUGCUGAUUUUCGUAUUGAUUUGCCUUGUUUCAAUCUUGACUAAUUGAAAAACAGCGGACUGUCACUUGGUAUGAUGGGGCUUUUUGUUGUUGUGCUUUCAUGGAGGAGGUCUUGUUUAGUAAAUACAGUAACACACAUAGAGUUGAGCUUUUCCCAGUUCUAAUGAAGGGGAUCCUUUUCUUCUGGCUGAUGGAUUCCAACAAAGCAAUGUAGUACAUAUGUCGUUUAAGGGCGAUGUGUUUGAUGAUAGCUGUUCAUCUUGCACUCUUUUUUGUGUGUAGUUAGAUCUCAGUGACUCAGUGCAGGUCAGGUGUUUUGGUUUUGAAGAGUGUAAUGUGGAUUUUCUGUGUUUUUUGUUUUCAGUCCAUGCACUCUGUUCUGUUUGUUGAGAUUGCUUUAUCAAUGAAACGGUUUGGGUAUUGCUUUUCCUCCCAAAAUCAAA